AUGGAAUCCAUACUGAGGAUGUCACUCACUGUCAAAACCUGCUCUAGUCUAGUGGGCAAAUUGGUAAAACCUGGAGGAAAUUGCAAAAGCCCUAAAGCUCCUAUGGGUAAAGAGAAGUUUCACAUCAACAUUGUGGUCAUUGGCCAUGUCGACUCUGGCAAAUCAACCACCACUGGUCACUUGAUCUACAAGCUUGGUGGUAUUGACAAGCGUGUCAUCGAGAGGUUCGAGAAGGAGGCUGCUGAGAUGAACAAGAGGUCUUUCAAGUACGCAUGGGUGUUGGACAAACUUAAGGCUGAGCGUGAGCGUGGUAUCACCAUUGACAUUGCUCUCUGGAAGUUCGAGACCACCAAGUACUACUGCACUGUCAUUGAUGCCCCUGGACAUCGUGAUUUCAUCAAGAACAUGAUUACUGGUACCUCCCAGGCUGAUUGUGCUGUUCUUAUCAUUGACUCCACCACUGGUGGUUUUGAGGCUGGUAUCUCUAAGGAUGGUCAGACCCGUGAGCAUGCUCUCCUUGCUUUCACCCUUGGUGUCAAGCAAAUGAUUUGCUGCUGUAACAAGAUGGAUGCCACUACCCCUAAGUACUCCAAGGCUAGGUACGAUGAGAUCAUCAAGGAGGUGUCUUCCUACUUGAAGAAGGUUGGGUACAACCCUGACAAAAUCCCAUUCGUCCCCAUCUCUGGUUUCGAGGGUGACAACAUGAUUGAGAGGUCCACCAACCUUGACUGGUACAAGGGACCAACUCUCCUUGAGGCUCUUGACCAGAUCAACGAGCCCAAGAGGCCCUCAGACAAGCCCCUCCGUCUCCCACUUCAGGAUGUCUACAAGAUUGGUGGUAUUGGAACGGUGCCAGUGGGUCGUGUUGAGACUGGUAUGCUCAAGCCUGGUAUGGUUGUGACAUUCGCUCCUUCAGGUUUGACCACUGAGGUCAAGUCCGUUGAGAUGCACCACGAGUCUCUUGUUGAAGCACUUCCAGGUGACAACGUUGGAUUCAACGUCAAGAAUGUUGCCGUCAAGGAUCUUAAGCGUGGGUAUGUUGCAUCCAACUCCAAGGAUGAUCCUGCCAAGGGAGCUGCUAACUUCACUUCCCAGGUCAUCAUCAUGAACCACCCUGGUCAGAUCGGUAACGGUUACGCACCAGUGCUUGAUUGCCACACCUCCCACAUUGCAGUCAAGUUCUCUGAGAUCCUCACCAAGAUUGACAGACGUUCUGGUAAGGAGAUCGAGAAGGAGCCUAAGUUUUUGAAGAAUGGAGAUGCUGGUAUGGUGAAGAUGACUCCGACCAAGCCCAUGGUUGUCGAGACUUUCUCAGAGUACCCACCAUUGGGACGUUUCGCUGUCAGGGACAUGAGGCAGACCGUUGCUGUUGGAGUUAUCAAGAGUGUUGACAAGAAGGACCCAACCGGUGCCAAGGUUACCAAGGCUGCUGUCAAGAAGGGUGCCAAAUGAUGAGACUUCUCUCUUUGGUUUUCUUUGCGUAAAAAAAACUUUGGCGUUUGAGCCUCUCUUUUUUCUGUGACUCUCAUAUCUAUCUUUUUGGAUUCCUGUGACUUAAGGUUUCAGUUAUGGUGUUUCUGGAUAAUUUUGCCUAAUGCUUUUUUAGUUUUCUUGAAUGUUUUAAAGUUGCUUAUCUUGUCUUAGAGUUUAAACCCAAACUCUUGAAGAUCUUGCGGGAAGUUAUUGAAUCAUUACUCAAG